AUGCUCGAUACCACUCGUUUUGCUUAUUAUGUUCCAACUCUGUCGUUCUCUUUCGAACAUGAUAUACGAGCGCGAUUUCAACGUCUCCAUCUUCGCGCUCAAUCUCUAUUCAUCUCCUUACAAAGCAUGUCGAAAUAUCCAUGUACAGCAAACGAUGUUCCAGCCAUAUUUCGCGAACCAUUCAUCAGACGAGGAUAUCGUUCUAUACACAAACCAUGGUCUUACUAUUGGAAAUCAUUAUUUCAUAAACAUAAUGAAACCAUCAACGUCUGGAGUCAUCUACUAGGCAUAGUGUACAUGUUUUAUCUCUUGUACUACUACAAUCAACGUUUGAAUUUCUUUGGAAAUUCACAUUCUUGGCCGUUCGCUGUCUCAUUAGCUACAGCGACAAUUAUGUUUGCGUGUUCGGCAUUUGCACAUUUAUUACAUUCGAAAUCGGAUAGUAUUCAUCGAACGUGUUUCGCUAUUGACUAUGUCGGUGUAAGUCUACAUGGUUUUGGUUCGGGUUUUCUUCAUAUCUAUUACUCGGCUCCUGAAUGGUAUUACAAUAAAAUCGAGUAUCAGUACAUAUUCAUACUUCUUCUGGUUGCUAUUACUGCUUGUGUUCUUAACUGUUUUGCUCAACAUCAUUAUCGUCGACCUUAUCCGCCGAUGAAACGUGUGUGUCAAUUUUUACCAUGUGGAAUUUUAUGGGUCUAUUCAGUGAUACCAUUGAUAGUUCGUUUGGUUCCAAUGCAAUUUCCAUUAGACACGAUUUCAAUGUGUCAUGCAGGACAAAUGAUAUUUUUUAUUAUUGGCGCAACACUUUUUGCAUUCGAUCUACCACAACGAUUUUGUCCCGGUACAUUAGAUUUCUUCGGUCAAGGCCAUCAAUUAUUUCAUCUAUGUAUUUAUUUUGUUACUAUUUGUCAAAUGCACGGCGUGUUCUGGGAUUAUGAAGCAUCUCGAACAAUCAUUGAUCAACGAACAAAGCCAGAUCUAAUCUUUUGUGCCGGAUCAAUGAUUUGUCUUAUAUUAUGCGAUAUCGUUGCGGUAUGGACUUUUCGAUAUUGGCUUUGUGUAAAGAAACAAACUGAUUAA